CGCCGCAAUGCAUUCUGGGCCUCGGCAAAAUGGCUGCCUCCUUGGUGCGCUGCUGCUGAGGGGAGUUGGGCUGUCCGGCAACCCGGGACGUUUUCCUUUUAAGCUUCAGGAACCCCGCUGUCUUGGGGACUUUUCUUCACGCGAAGAGGAGCCAUCAGCUGUCCCGAGACGGGGGACACGAUGGGACCAAGUGGGCGCCCGUCGCGGCAGCCGGGCACAGGGCAAGUACCUCCACGGGGGUAGGACGUUCCUUCUCGGCCACCGGAGACCAUAAGCUCUCGGAAACAGGCCCAGUCCCUGCUCCUGAGCCCGACUGCACCGCCAAGGGCUGGACUUUGUCGUGAGUGAGCCCCCUUUCCCCUGCAUCCUCUCCGAGGAUAGGGAUAGACGCGCCUGGAACAGAGGCGCCUUCGGCUAAAGCUGCAAGCUCCAUCUUUGCUUCCUAUUAUUUUGUCUGUAAUAGGACAGACAUCCCGACCCCACAUUCUUAAGAGUUCUGCCCUGACCAGGGUACCACGUUGUAAGCCUAUCCCGCUCUGACGGUUCCCUUGUGGCAAGAAUCCUGUGCUACGAAUCUCCAUAUUUGAAUCCAAAGUAGACCCGCUAAAACUCUGUACACGCCCCUGCAAAUGUUGCCUUAACGAGGACUUAGAUGAACAGCAGUUCCCACAAAGAAUUCCCACUGUUGCUAGAGAUACAAGAGGUUCCUAAUCUGAUUCUCCACCCUGGAUAAGAACUUUUGUCACUCAACGUCUCUUACAUUGCCUGCAGUCUUUUUGUGUGGUAUAAAGCGUCAACUUUAACCUAAACAAGACUACCAAACAUCCUGCAACUAUAGUAGUAUUUACAUCUUGCCCAUUGAUUUGCAAUGUUUAGACCACUUGGCUAGAUUCCCAAUCAUAUGUCACAUUCUUCUACUGCCCAUCUUCUAAAACUUUCUUCUGAAUGAAUAUUCAUUGAUAUCAUUUUUGCUGGGUUAUGUCAUAAUUUCUGUUGUGACCAAGAACCACAUAUCUCCCUAAUUCUGAAAUAAUAGUGACAGUGAACUAUAUCUUAUUCCUGAAGAAGGCAACAACAACAACAAAGGAUUUAACAUACAUAUCUCUAACCCAUGAAGCUAGAGGGUGAUAAUCCAUUUGCUAUCAGAUACUGUUACUUGUCCCUUGUUUAACGAUUGCAGCACUCCUUAAAUUUUCUCAUCCCAGAUAGGAAACCCCCAGUUGCUGAGCAGGGAAUAUUGCAACACUCUCUGGAACAGUAGCACUUGCAAAUCCACUUUGAAAACGGCUCCUUUCCUGCAUACAGCUCCUUCCCAGAAAACACCUUCUGGGAACAAGAAUUGCCAGAUUCCUUGUCCUUCCAACUACUUUUUUCUGGACAUUGUGUUGGAGUGGAGGUUUCUGAUCCCUGGUUACAUUAGUUCCUUUUCUUCUGAUGGAGUCUGACAUGCUGCAGUCCCCCCUCCUAGGGCUUGGGGAAGAAGAUGAGUCGGACAUGACUGACUGGAAUCUGCCCUUGGCCUUCAUGAAGAAGAGGCACUGUGAGAAAAUUGAGGGCUCCAAGUCACUGGCUCAGAGUUGGCGGAUGAAAGACCGGAUGAAGACGGUUAGUGUUGCCUUAGUGUUAUGUCUAAAUGUCGGAGUGGACCCUCCUGAUGUGGUGAAGACAACUCCAUGUGCCCGUCUUGAAUGCUGGAUAGAUCCUCUGUCAAUGGGGCCACAGAAAGCUUUGGAAACUAUUGGUGCAAAUCUGCAGAAACAGUAUGAAAACUGGCAACCAAGGGCCCGAUACAAGCAGAGUCUUGAUCCUACAGUGGAUGAAGUUAAAAAGCUAUGCACCUCAUUGCGUCGAAAUGCCAAGGAAGAGAGAGUUCUCUUCCACUACAAUGGGCAUGGUGUCCCCAGACCAACAGUAAAUGGAGAAAUAUGGGUCUUCAACAAGAACUAUACGCAGUACAUCCCUUUAUCCAUAUAUGAUCUACAGACAUGGAUGGGCAGUCCCUCUAUCUUCGUGUAUGAUUGCUCAAACGCUGGCCUUAUUGUCAAAUCUUUCAAACAGUUUGCCCUGCAGAGGGAGCAGGAGCUGGAGGUGGCUGCAAUUAACCCUAACCAUCCACUGGCUCAGAUGCCCUUGCCUCCUUCAAUGAAAAAUUGCAUUCAACUGGCAGCAUGUGAAGCCAGUGAGUUGUUACCGAUGAUCCCUGACCUGCCAGCUGACCUGUUCACAUCCUGUCUUACUACACCAAUCAAGAUUGCACUGAGAUGGUUUUGCAUGCAGAAGAGUGUGAGACUGGUACCAGGAGUCACGCUGGAUUUAAUAGAGAAAAUUCCUGGGAGGCUCAAUGACAGAAGAACGCCUCUGGGAGAAUUGAAUUGGAUCUUUACAGCCAUCACAGAUACAAUUGCAUGGAACGUCCUACCCAGAGAUCUUUUCCAAAAGCUCUUCAGGCAGGAUCUACUGGUGGCAAGCCUCUUUCGAAACUUUUUAUUGGCAGAAAGGAUAAUGAGGUCUUACAAUUGCACACCUGUCAGCAGCCCUCGUCUACCUCCGACUUACAUGCAUGCCAUGUGGCAAGCUUGGGACCUCGCUGUGGAUAUCUGCCUUUCUCAGUUGCCCACCAUUAUAGAGGAAGGAACUGCAUUCAGGCACAGCCCGUUCUUUGCUGAGCAGCUAACAGCGUUUCAGGUAUGGCUAACGAUGGGAGUAGAAAACCGCAAUCCACCAGAACAGCUUCCCAUUGUGCUGCAGGUGCUGUUAAGUCAAGUGCAUCGGUUGCGAGCUCUUGAUUUACUGGGACGAUUUUUGGACCUAGGUCCCUGGGCUGUUAGCCUGGCUCUGUCUGUUGGCAUUUUCCCUUAUGUGCUAAAGCUUCUCCAGAGUUCUGCUCGAGAGCUAAGACCUCUUCUGGUCUUCAUCUGGGCCAAAAUCCUUGCAGUGGACAGUUCAUGCCAAGCCGACCUUGUGAAGGACAAUGGUCACAAAUAUUUCCUUUCUGUUUUGGCAGAUCCCUACAUGCCGGCUGAACAUAGGACGAUGACAGCUUUUAUUCUGGCAGUGAUUGUCAACAACUACAAUACCGGGCAGGAAGCCUGUCUUCAAGGGAACUUGAUUGCCAUUUGCCUGGAGCAGCUCAAUGAUCCACAUCCUCUUCUGCGCCAGUGGGUGGCUAUUUGCUUGGGGCGAAUUUGGCAGAAUUUUGACUCUGCAAGGUGGUGCGGUGUGAGGGACAGUGCCCAUGAAAAGCUCUACAGCCUUCUCUCUGAUCCAAUCCCAGAGGUUCGCUGUGCUGCAGUCUUUGCCCUUGGCACCUUUGUAGGCAAUUCGGCUGAGCGGACAGAUCAUUCUACCACUAUUGAUCACAACGUUGCCAUGAUGCUGGCUCAGCUCAUCAACGAUGGAAGUCCCAUGGUCCGAAAGGAAUUGGUGGUUGCACUGAGUCACCUUGUGGUCCAGUAUGAAAGCAAUUUCUGCACUGUUGCCUUGCAGUUUAUGGAAGAAGAAAAGAACUAUGCACUGCCAUCACCAGCUGCUCCAGAAGGUGGAAGCCUGACUCCAGUGCGAGACAGUCCCUGCACACCAAAACUCCGUUCUGUCAGCUCCUAUGGGAAUAUAAGAGCAGUCACGACAGUAAGGAAUUUGAAUAAGUCUCUGCAGAAUCUCAGUUUGAAUGAAGAAUCUGGGAGCUCUGUUGCCUUUUCUCCUGGGAACUUGAGCACCAGCAGCAGUGCCAGUAGCACCUUGGGCAGCCCUGAGAACGAAGAGUAUAUCCUGUCUUUUGAGACCAUUGACAAGAUGAGAAGAGUCAGCUCCUACUCUUCACUUAAUUCACUGAUAGGAGUUUCUUUCAACAGUGUUUACACACAGAUUUGGAGAGUCCUCUUACACUUGGCUGCUGACCCAUACCCAGAUGUUUCGGACUUGGCUAUGAAAGUGCUCAACAGCAUUGCUUACAAGAUUAUGCAAGUGAGAGUAAGACUGGAUUGCAGAUUGAAGCCACAACUGCUGCCCAGUGCAGGUGAUCUAGUACAUGCGACGGUAAAUGCCCGCCCCCAGCGCAUCCUUGAUACUUCUUCCCUCACACAGUCUGCCCCAGCCAGUCCUACCAACAAGGGCAUGCACAUACACCAAGUGGGAGGAUCUCCACCAACCACCAGCACCAGUAGCUCCAGCUUGACUAAUGAUGUGACAAAGCAGCCGGUCAACCGGGACCUGUCAUCUGUAAGACCUGCAAAUGUGGGCAACAUGGGGGUGCAAUACACUCCACACUCCCACCAGUUUCCUAGGACAAGGAAAAUGUUUGACAAGGGCCCAGAUCAGACAGCUGAUGAUGCCGAAGAUACCGUGGGGCAUAAAAACUUCAUGUCAGCAACAAUGCAGACGGGGUUUUGCGACUGGAGUGCCAAGUAUUUUGCUCAACCGGUGAUGAAGAUUCCAGAAGAACAUGAUUUGGAGAGCCAGGUCCGCAAAGAAAGGGAGUGGCGGUUUCUGCGCAAUGCCAGAGUCCGAAAGCAAGCACAGAAAAUCAUCCAAAAAGGUAUUUCACGACUAGAUGAUCAAAUCUUCCUGAACAGGAACCCUGGCAUGCCGUCAGUGGUCAAGUUUCACCCAUUUACCCCAUGUAUAGCGGUGGCUGACAAGGACAGCAUCUGUUUUUGGGAUUGGGAAAAGGGAGAAAAGCUGGACUAUUUUCACAAUGGGAACCCACGCUACACAAGGAUCACCGCCAUGGAAUAUCUGAAUGGACAAGACUGUUCUCUGCUCCUGACUGCUACAGAUGAUGGUGCUAUAAGGGUAUGGAAAAACUUUGCUGACCUGGAGAAGAAUCCAGAGAUGGUAACGGCCUGGCAGGGCUUGUCAGACAUGCUACCAACAACACGCGGUCUGGCCCGAAGGGUUUCAAUCUAUCUUGACAGAAGUAAACAGGGAGGAGCAGGGAUGGUGGUGGACUGGGAACAGGAAACUGGUCUUCUCAUGACUUCUGGAGAUGUACGGAUUAUAAGAAUCUGGGAUACAGACCGAGAAAUGAAAGUUCAGGAUAUUCCCACAGGGGCUGACAGCUGUGUCACCAGCCUGUCCUGUGACUCGCAUCGUUCGCUCAUUGUAGCGGGGCUUGGUGAUGGUUCUGUUCGUGUUUAUGACCGGCGGAUGGCUCUGAGUGAAUGCCGAGUGAUGACCUAUCGAGAGCACACAGCCUGGGUGGUGAAAGCGUAUUUGCAGAAACAUCCUGAAGGCAACAUCAUGAGUGUCAGUGUUAAUGGAGAUGUCCGUUUCUUUGACCCAAGGAUGCCAGAAUCAGUGAAGGUCCUGCAGAUAGUAAAAGGACUGACAGCUCUGGACAUCCACCCACAAGCCAACCUGUUUGCAUGUGGCUCUAUGAAUCAAUUCACUGCAAUCUACAAUGGGAAUGGUGAGCUGAUCAACAAUAUCAAGUACUACGAUGGAUUCAUGGGCCAGCGAGUGGGUGCCAUCAGCUGCCUAGCCUUCCAUCCACACUGGCCUCACCUGGCAGUUGGAAGCAAUGACUACUACAUCUCUGUGUACUCGGUGGAGAAGCGAAUCAGAUAACAGUGUGUGUGGCUGCUCUGUCAAGAGCAGGACAUCUUCUGGCAGGUGGGACCGUGUCUCACUCAUGGUGUACAUAGUGAAACUAUCGACUUGAAUGUUUAGUGUUGGCUGCUGCUGCUGUGCAACCCCCCCGUAACUUGAACACUUUUUUCCCUCCUGAUUUAGCUACUGAUGAUUUUGAGUCAGAGGGGAGAGGAGAGAAGCAGCCUCUUGCUUUUCUUCCGAGCCAGAACCUUCAGGCGCAGCAGAAAACGAGUAUAUAUAUUCUCACCGGGUUUCACCACCACUGCCCAUGACUGCUUCUCUGGUUGCUUGGCGUUAUGGCUCCUUACAAACUUAAGAGGAUGAUUCCUUCCUAGAACAGGGGUGGGUUUUCCUUUGAAUCAGGAAUUAAUUCAGGACUCACCUAGUGUUCUACAUACUCUACCUAGAACGUCUGUGGCUGCUACCUAUUUUGUGCCAAGUGCUGGCCCUGGCAGUCGCAUGCUAGCAGGCUGCCGGUCUUGGAUAGUUCUGUGUGUAUCUUACUACUCUAUAUGCCACCGGCCACCUUCUCUUGCAUUUACUGUUCCACUGGUAAAAGACGAAAGGAAAGCCCUAAGGAAGAGAGAGUCUCUCGGUGCUGCUGAAAAUACUACAGAGUUGGCUGCCACUACGGAAGGGAAAGCAGGAAACUUGCCCCCACUUCCUGGGUGUCUGUUGGGGAAAUCGGAGUGACACAUUUGAGAAGCUGCGUGACAGGACAGGAGACCUUCCCCUCUGAUGUCCAUUCAAUCUAUAAGUUGCUCCAGCCAUCCUCUAACUUCUUUUGCUCACAGCAGAACCCCAUAAGCACAAGAAAUGGCCUGCUACCUCCUCAUAGAGAGCAAGGAGUUCACUUAUCAUUGUACCACUGCCUUAAAUCCUACCCCCACCUCCUGUUCUCCUUUUGCAAGAAGUGCUAUUAUUCAGCUUGGUAAUGGAUGCAGAUAUUGCAGCACACAUACAGAACAGGCCUGUGCAGAGGGUCCCUCCUCCCAUUCAUCCCCCCCCCUUCAGGCACUUGCCCCCUAGACCGAACACAGGGGAAGCUAUAUGUAUACCUGGCACCCUGUGAUUGCAUGCAUGGUGUGUUGCCUGCAAGAGAACUACUGAUGUUCCCGCUCUCUAGAGAAUGCUGGUUCCAUCUCACAUGCCACCCAUCUCCCAUACAGUAAAGACUUCAGUCUCUUCAGUGUCCAGGGGAAGAGAUUCCCAAUUAAAUGGCUGCCUGAGUAGGGACACAAAGACAAGAAGGCCCCUUUGCAUUAUGUUGUGCCAGCAUUGUGCAGCUAUUGGCACUGGCUCCAAAAUCAGUUGUCUACAAAGCUGUGGAGAGGCAUGGAAUUCUGUCGUCGUCUUGCCAAUAAUUUUGUCGCUUGUGAUAGCAUUAAGAAUAGAGAUAGCAUCCAAUUCAUCUUGCAUUGUGGAUGUCAGCUUUUCCUUGCUUGCAAAAUCCAUCUCCUGGCUCUCACUAUGAAGCCUGCUAUAUGUUUUUUCCCCCUUCUUCCCCACCUUCUAGGCUGAGAGCCACCAUGUAAGAUACUAGGCAGAGGCCAAGGGAGGAUUGCUCAUAUAGCUAGAAACCUAUACUGAAAGCUGCCAAAAUUAAAUGAUGGGAAUAAACCCAAGAGGUGACUUGACACAUUAGUUUGCUGAUCCCCAGUGUCAGUUGUGCUGAGAUGCCACAGCCUUGGCCCCAUUGCCGUGCCUGUCCCUCUGUAAGUGGCAAUGAACUCAGGGAAGGGCAGAUAGUUGAUGGAUUUUGCUAACAAGCAUCAAGCCAGAGUCUGAAAUCCAUGUAUAACUGACUUAACCUGCGCAAUUAAAAGCAAAUGAGAAUAUGAUGAUGACGAUUAUUUUUUGUAAUGUAUAUCCUAUAUAUUUUGUUUCAAGAACAAGAUCCCUUGUGCUUCCCCCCCUCAGUUUGCACAGCCAGGACUAUGGUUGUGAUGGUCUUUUUCUGUUUUAAUCUGUCAGCUUCCAUCCAAAUUGGGGGGGGGGGGGGAGCUGUGUUUUUUCACAGGUCUGAUGUGGAGAUCCAAUCAUGAAGUUUAACCAAGGCUCCAGAAAGUAAUCUACCUAUAUAGUUCACUUAUCUCUUUAUUUAUUUUCCAAAAGCAAAAUUUAAAGGAAAAAAAGUAUAUAUACAUUUAAUAAUAAACCACCACAAGAUUGUACUGUGAGAGUAAAACAAUUAAUGAAAUAAAUGGUUAAUAAAAUGUAAAUGCCGUAA